AUGUCUGGCUGGAUUAUCAUACCGUCGGUGCUCGUGCCGCUCAUCAUCGUGGGUGCUGUAGCAUCGCGCUUCUUUGGCGGCAGCAAGCGUGCUGGCUACACGGGAAGAUACGAUCCCAAGACAGGCCUGGGCCGUGGUGCCCCUGGAUUCCAGACGGGGGUCAAGCGCAUGGCAGUUACACCAGAGAUCGCUGCCAGGAUGCGCGCAGGAGAGCAGGUUUCAGCUGAAGAGAUCGAAGCCGCCGUUGCCAAGGCUCAGGCGCAAGAACAAGCCAACUCGACAGCGAUUCGCAAUCCGAAUGUAGACCAGGACUGGCUGCCACAAGCUGGACGUAGCCCCGCGGGUAAGAAGAGCAAGAGGCGAUAA